GCUGGUACGAGCAUUGAGAAUAACAUUCAAAGGACCAUAUCCUGCCCUAAUGAAUUUGCUGCACUUACAAAAGAAUUAAAUGCAUGUAGGGAACAGCUGCUUGAAAAGGAGGAGGAGAUUUCAGAACUGAAGGCCGAAAGAAACAACACAAGACUGUUACUGGAGCAUUUGGAGUGCCUUGUCUCAAGACACGAAAGAUCACUGAGGAUGACAGUGGUGAAACGGCAAGCACAGUCUCCCUCAGGAGUUUCCAGUGAAGUUGAGGUCCUCAAAGCUCUGAAAUCUCUGUUUGAGCACCACAAGGCUCUGGAUGAAAAGGUAAGGGAACGACUGAGGGUUUCUUUAGAAAGAGUCUCUGCACUGGAAGAAGAACUCGCUGCUGCUAAUCAGGAGAUUGUAGCUUUGCGUGAACAAAAUGCACACAUUCAAAGGAAAAUUGCAGCUGGUGAAGGGCCUGCUGAAUCAGAACAUAUUGAAGGAAUGGAGCCAGGGCAAAAGGUUCAUGAAAAGCGCUUGUCGAAUGGCUCCAUAGACUCAAAUGAUGAAACCAGUCAAGUUAUAGAACUCCAGGAGCUACUUGAAAAGCAAAACUAUGAAAUGGCACAAAUGAAGGAACGUUUGGCUGCACUGUCAUCCCGGGUGGGAGAGGUAGAGCAGGAAGCAGAAACUGCCAGGAAGGAGCUCAUUAAAACAGAAGAAAUGAACAGUAAAUAUCAGAGAGACAUUAGAGAGGCAAUGGCACAAAAGGAAGAUAUGGAAGAAAGGAUCACUACACUGGAAAAGCGCUACCUCAGUGCACAGAGAGAAUCCACCUCCAUACAUGACAUGAAUGACAAGCUGGAAAACGAACUGGCAAACAAAGAAGCCAUCCUACGUCAGCUGGAAGACAAAAACAGACAGCUGCAAGAGCGUCUAGAGUUGGCAGAACAGAAGCUCCAGCAGACAAUGAGGAAGGCAGAAACCUUACCUGAAGUGGAGGCUGAACUGGCUCAGAGAAUUGCAGCUCUGACUAAGGCAGAAGAAAGACAUGGAAACAUUGAAGAACGUAUGAGACACUUAGAAGCUCAACUUGAAGAGAAGAAUCAGGAACUUCAAAGAGCAAGGCAAAGAGAAAAAAUGAAUGAGGAGCAUAACAAAAGAUUAUCAGAUACUGUAGACAGACUUCUGACAGAAUCCAAUGAACGCCUUCAGCUGCACCUAAAAGAGAGAAUGGCAGCACUUGAAGAAAAGAACGUGUUGAUUCAAGAGUCUGAAAGUUUCCGGAAAAAUCUGGAAGAAUCUUUACAUGACAAGGAAAGACUUGCAGAAGAAAUUGAGAAACUGAGAUCUGAACUGGAUCAAAUGAAAUUGAGAGCUGGUUCUUUAAUUGAACCCACAUUGUCAAGGCCUCAUCUGGACUCAUCAGCAGAGUUGAGGUAUUCUGUGGGCUCACUGGUGGAGAGCCAGUCUGACUAUCGGUCAACUAAGGUGAUAAGGCGACCUAGAAGGGGACGCAUGGGAGUACGCAGAGAUGAACCAAAGGUAAAAUCACUUGGAGAUCAUGAGUGGAAUAGGACUCAGCAGAUUGGUGUUUUGAGCAGUCAUCCAUUUGAAAGUGACACUGAAAUGUCUGACAUUGAUGAUGAUGAUAGAGAAACGCUUUUCAGCUCCAUGGACCUCUUGUCACCAAGUGGCCAUUCUGAUGCCCAGACGCUGGCCAUGAUGCUUCAGGAGCAGCUAGAUGCAAUCAAUAAAGAAAUCAGGUUAAUCCAAGAAGAAAAAGAGUCAACAGAACUGCGUGCUGAAGAGAUAGAGAACAGAGUGGCUAGUGUGAGUCUGGAAGGCUUAAAUCUAGCCAGAGUCCAUCAAGGUACAUCCAUUACUGGCUCAGUGACAGCAUCAUCACUUGCAAGCUCUUCCCCUCCCAGCGGACACUCAACUCCUAAACUCACCCCUCGCAGUCCUGCCAGGGAGAUGGAUAGAAUGGGGGUUAUGACGCUGCCAAGCGAUCUAAGGAAACAUCGGAGAAAGAUUGCAGUAGUCGAAGAAGAUGGACGUGAAGAUAAAGCCACGAUCAAAUGUGAAACUUCUCCCCCUCCAACACCCAGAGCUAUCAGAAUGACUCAUACCCUUCCUUCUUCAUACCACAAUGAUGCCAGAAGUAGUUUACCUGCUUCAUUGGAGCCAGAAAGUAUUGGUCUUGGCAGUGUCAGUAGCAGUCAGGACUCCCUGCACAAAGCUCCAAAGAAGAAAGGAAUCAAGUCCUCGAUAGGACGCUUGUUUGGUAAAAAAGAGAAGGCUCGACUUGGACAGCUCAGAGGUUAUAUUGAAACAGAAGCGGCAGCACAAGAGUCUCUGGGAUUAGGCAAACUUGGAACCCAAGCAGAAAAAGACCGAAGGCUAAAGAAGAAGAAAAGCAUAUCUGGACAUGAACUUCUGGAAGAAGCUCGGAGAAAGGGUUUGCCCUUUGCCCAGUGGGAUGGGCCUACGGUGGUCGCCUGGCUGGAACUCUGGCUGGGAAUGCCAGCUUGGUAUGUGGCCGCCUGCCGUGCCAAUGUGAAGAGUGGAGCCAUCAUGUCUGCUUUAUCUGACACCGAGAUUCAAAGAGAAAUUGGAAUCAGCAAUCCUCUUCAUCGCCUAAAACUCCGAUUAGCAAUCCAGGAGAUGGUAUCACUCACAAGCCCAUCGGCACCUCCAACAUCUAGAACACCCUCAGGCAAUGUUUGGGUGACCCAUGAAGAAAUGGAAAAUCUUGCUGCUCCAGCUAAAACGAAAGAGUCUGAAGAAGGCAGCUGGGCCCAGACCCUGGCCUAUGGUGACAUGAACCACGAGUGGAUAGGUAAUGAAUGGCUGCCCAGCCUGGGCUUACCUCAGUACCGCAGUUACUUCAUGGAGUGCCUGGUCGAUGCGAGGAUGUUGGAUCAUCUGACGAAGAAAGAUCUGCGUGUGCACUUGAAAAUGGUGGACAGCUUCCAUCGAACAAGCUUGCAAUAUGGAAUCAUGUGUUUAAAGAGAUUGAAUUAUGAUAGAAAAGAACUGGAAAAGCGAAGAGAAAUGAGUCAGCAUGAAAUAAAAGAUGUGUUGGUGUGGAGCAACGACCGCGUCAUCCGCUGGAUCCAAGCGAUCGGCCUACGGGAAUACGCAAACAAUAUUCUAGAAAGCGGUGUACAUGGUUCCCUUAUAGCACUGGAUGAGAACUUUGAUUACAGCAGUUUAGCUUUAUUAUUACAGAUUCCAACGCAAAACACCCAGGCACGGCAGAUCCUUGAGAGAGAAUACAACAACCUUUUAGCACUAGGAACUGAAAGACGACUUGAGGAAAGCGACGACAAGAACUUCAGGCGCGGCCCCUCCUGGCGACGACAGUUUCCCCCCCGUGAGGUCCAUGGCAUCAGCAUGAUGCCCGGCUCCUCCGAAACGCUGCCGGCCGGCUUCAGGUUGACCACGACCUCAGGGCAGUCCCGGAAAAUGGCAACUGACGUUGCUUCAUCACGACUGCAGAGGUUAGACAGCUCAACAGUUCGCACAUACUCAUGCUGACAAGGCCUAGCAAAGACGCCAGCACUGAAUUGCUAUGUCAUCUCUUUCUUCUACUUUACCUGAAGUGCACUACCACUACUUAGGAAAAAAGAACAUUAAAACUCUCUGCAAGAACAGGGUAAUAGGGAAGAGAACACGAAGUUUCACAGAUCUGACGUUCUUUUCACAUUUUGGUUAAUUUAAAACAAGAAUGCUAAUAAUGAAAAAUCUAAAUUACUUAAAAACAAGCAAACAAACAAAAAACUGAGAAUAGCAAAACAACCUCCCCCUUUCCUCUCAGCAUUUCUGUCAUCAGAAAUUUGGCAGUAGUACACAUCCAAAGCUUUUAUCAAAUGAAGCCACUCAUUUUUACAUUGUUCCAUCUGUUUUACUGUAAAAUACUAGACAUUACGUAUUUACUGUGUAUGUAUUUCUUUUAAAAUGUGUAAGUCUUAUGUAAAUGGUUAUAAAUAUGAUUUUUUAAAAAUAAAAUCUAUGGUACAUGGGGUCUCAGUGCAAACAUUUGAAAAUACAGUGUCAAUAAUACUGUUUGUAUCUUUGCAUUCCACCAUUUUUACAGUUUUUGGAUUGUAAAAGUCAAACAGAUAUGUUUAGCAGAGUUAGAAGCUUCAACAUGUUCCUACUGAAAAAAUCUGUCAAUAUUUAAAGCUGAUCACCUGCCUCUGAUGAUGUAUAAUAGUACGACAUAACCUGGAACUGGAGCCAAAAUGGGCCUCUAAACACAAAAUGGAAAUGUCAGAUACUUAUAGAGAAGCACCACGAUGGCUCAACUCCUAAAGACACACACAUAAACCCAGAAGAACUGUUUACAGAAAAAAAAAAAAAAAAGAAAAAAGAAAAAAGAAAAAAGAAAAAAGCAAUUUAAUAAACACAAUUUAUAUGAAAACCAAAAACUUUCUUCUAUGUUACCUGCGGACCAAGAAGAAUCUUGCUUUACCAAGAGCCACCUUUUCGUUCCAGGAUCUUCAGACACCAGCCAGCAUUGGAAAAUUAAAUCUAGUGACUGUAUAGAAUGAGAUUCUCAAGUUUCCAAACAUAUUCCAUGAAGAAAAUGAAAGAGAAGCUAAACCCCACAAUUUCUUCAUCACAACAGGGCAUUAGACAGGCUGCUGUCUAACGCUAUGCUUUUAGCCAAGAUGGCCUUGCUGAGACUUCACAGAAGUCUGUUUUAUCAGAGGAAAUAACUGAAAGACAGAGUGAUUAAUAUAUAGUGUAUAAAAGUUUAGAAGAGCAACUAUUACCUGCUGUGGCUUUAUUUGGUGGUGUUAUUGUUGUUUAUUCUUUGUUUAAAUGGGAAGUUUCAAAGUAAGACCUACUUAAUAGUCAUUUACCUAUUUGCUAUUUUUCUGCUGCUUGAUCUUAGCUCAAGACCUGUCUUUUAGUUAUUUCUUUUUGCAGUUUGAUCUGCAAUGUUUGCACGUACAUAAACAUUUGUUUUGUCUAUUUUCAUUUGGCAAACUUCAGUCAAUCAGAUGGUGAAAGAUUUUUCUCCCCCAAUGUCAAUAAAAAAGAAUUCAGUGCUAUUUGUGUUUAUAAGUCUAUUAAGCUUGGUAC